AAGAUCGGAGGGAGUAUUAAUUUUUGGUUGAAUAUUAUUGUAAACUUAUUGACUAUAACCAUCCUUUUAAUAGUCAAACAAUAAGACAGAAAACUAAUUGAACAUAACCAAAAUUCACACCUCAUUGCCUUACCAAACCAAGUAAAACAUUUCAAAAUACAUCCAUCAUUCAUCUCUAUAUUUUCUAAUAAAACAAUUUCAAAUUAAAUCAUGUUUUUUAUUUUGAUAAUAAUAUUAUGUUUGCUUAAAACCUCAAAUUCAUCCUUUCCUACAACUAUAAACUACACUCAAUGGGAUUGUUACAAUUCAUCAAACUACCUACACAAUAGUUCCUAUGAAACCAAUCUAAACAAUCUUGUUUCAAACCUAAUCACCAAUGUGUCAUCAACCAAAAACGGGUUCUUGACUCACAAGCAAGGCCUAGAUAAUCAAAACCCAACUUAUGGUCUAAUUUUGUGUCGAGGCGACUUAGAUCCCGGCCAAUGCCAUGAUUGUAUUCAAAUUGCUACAAAAGAAUGCAAAACAAAGAAACAAGCCAUAAUUUGGUUGGAAGGUUGCAUGUUUCGUUACUCAAACCAAUUUUUCUUUUCUCUCCUACAAGAAAAUCCCUUUAGAUUUAUGUAUAAUAAUGAAAGUGCUUCAGUGAUCCAAGAAAAUGUGCAAAAUUGGACAGAUCUGCUGGAAAGUACCAUAAGUGAAGUGAUAUCUAAUGCAGCUGCCGGCGACAGUACCGGUAACAAAUAUGCCACUAAAGAGGCAUACUUUGCACCCAUGAAGCAAUCUUUGUACACUUUGGCUCAGUGUACCCCCGGUUUGACGACAGAAAAUUGCUCUAAGUGCCUUAAUCAAGCAGCUUCGGAGUUUUAUUCGGUUUUGAAGAAAGGUGGAUUGGUUUUAUUACCUAGCUGUAACAUUAGGUACGAGUUAUAUGAGUUUUAUAAGAUUUUGAAUUUGAUUCAAUCACCAUCUUCAUCUCCGACUACGAAUAUUUCAAGAUCAUCUACGGGAAAGAAUAAAUCAACGUCAACGAGAAUCGUUGUUGCAAUCAUUGUGCCAUUAGCCUUCGGAUUUCUAUGUAUCUCCUGCUUUUGUGUAUACAGAAGAAACGCAAGAAAAUUUCGUGCUCAAGAAUUUAAAAAAGGUGAUUUGGCUACUACUGAGUCUUUGAUGUUCGAACUUGGGACACUUGAAGCUGCAACUAACAAUUUUUCUCUAAAUAAUAAGCUUGGUGAAGGUGGAUUUGGUAGUGUUUACAAGGGAACCUUGCAAAAUGGACAAGAAAUAGCAGUCAAAAGGCUAUCAAAGGUCUCAGGUCAGGGAGUGGAAGAAUUUAAGAACGAAGUUGUUUUAAUAGCCAAUCUUCAACAUAGAAAUUUGGUUAGGCUGUUGGGAUUUUGUUUAGCAGGAAAGGAAAAACUACUUGUUUAUGAAUUUGUUCCCAACAAAAGCCUCAACUACUUCCUAUUUGGUGAAAGAAAGCUUGGAGAACUAAAUUGGAAUACGCGGUACAAUAUCAUUAAAGGCAUUGCUAGGGGGUUGCUUUAUCUCCAUGAAGACUCUCGUCCUAGAAUCAUCCAUCGUGACUUGAAAACAGCUAAUAUUUUACUUGACGCAGAUUUGAAUCCUAAGAUUUCAGAUUUUGGUCUAGCAAGGAUCUUUAAAGUUGAACAAAUUGUGGACGACACUAGUAGAAUUGUCGGAACUUAUGGUUAUAUGGCGCCAGAGUAUGCAAUGCAUGGACAAUUCUCUACAAAAUCAGAUAUAUACAGCUUUGGAAUAUUGGUGUUAGAGAUUGUAUGUGGCAAGAAGAUUAGCUCAAAAUCAAACCUUUUUGGGGAUGGAGACCUUUUGACCUAUGCAUGGAGAAGUUUGAUAGAAGAAAAGCCCUUAGAAUUCAUAGAUCCCACCUUGCUAAAGGAUUCACCCUCGAGUGAAGAAGUAUUAAGAUGCAUUCAAAUAGGCUUAUUGUGUGCGCAAGAGAGCACAAAUGAGAGACCAACAAUGUCAACAAUUGUUCUUAUACUCAACAAUGACUCCACCACCACAAGCACUUUGCCAACUCCACCACGCCCUCGAUCCUUCAGUAAUACUGCUAGUAGUGUUGAAUCAUCUCUUGUAUCAAAUCCACGAAGUCGAUAUUCUGUUGCUUCCACCACUACGAAUGACUCAAUUUCGAACUCCGGAAAUCAAGGCAUUGAUGUAUUCUAUGUAGAUAGAUCUUAGUAGUUAAUUUUUGUGCUAUGAUUGAAUAACAAAAUUUUUACCCAUAAUAAUGUCAAAGUCAAAAUAUUAAUUGUAAAAAUUACGAAAAAAUAACUUACCCGGCAAAAUUGAUGGAGCAUUUAUAUAUCUCCUGAGUAUUUGCUAGGGGUUUAAACGGGCUUUGACUCGCCCCCACCUGUUUAAAUUUGACAUGACCAGUCCCAACCCGGCCCAUUUAGAUUUUGACAUAACCCGACAUGA